CCGCGCGCCGCCGCCGCCUACUGCGCAGUCGCGGCUCGGGCGGACGGCGACGGCUCACGGCGCUCGGUUGGCGGCGGCGGCGCUGCGGGUGGCGCGGCCGGGGAUGCUCCAGCGGGCGAGAUGGCCCCCGCCAUGCAGCCGGCCGAGAUCCAGUUCGCCCAGCGGUUGGCGUCCAGUGAGAAGGGCAUCCGGGACCGGGCGGUGAAGAAGCUGCGCCAGUACAUCAGCGUGAAGACGCAGAGGGAGGCAGGAGGUUUCAGUCAGGAAGAACUUCUAAAAAUCUGGAAGGGGCUCUUCUACUGCAUGUGGGUGCAGGAUGAACCCCUUCUGCAGGAGGAGCUCGCCAACACCAUCUCGCAGCUGGUCCAUGCUGUUAACAACUCAGCGGCUCAACACCUGUUCAUCCAGACCUUCUGGCAAACCAUGAAUCGAGAAUGGAAAGGAAUAGACAGGCUACGCCUGGACAAAUACUAUAUGCUGAUUCGUCUGGUCCUGAGGCAGUCCUUUGAAGUCCUGAAGCGGAACGGCUGGGAAGAAAGCCGAAUCAAGGUUUUCUUAGAUGUCCUGAUGAAGGAGAUCCUGUGUCCUGAGAGUCAGUCUCCUAACGGAGUGAGAUUCCACUUCAUUGAUAUUUAUCUGGAUGAACUCUCCAAAGUGGGGGGGAAGGAGCUUUUGGCAGAUCAGAAUCUCAAGUUGAUUGAUCCAUUCUGCAAAGUCGCUGCGAAGACCAAGGACCACAGCCUGGUGCGGACCAUAGCGAGGGGCGUUUUCGAAGCUAUCGUAGAUCAGUCUCCUUUUGUGCCAGAAGAGUCGGAGGAACAGAAGACAAAAGUGGGCGAUGGUGACCUCUCUGCAGAAGAGCCGCCUGAAAAUGAGGCGACGCUGAGAAGAGCUCUCAGUAAAAAGAAGACAGCACUGGGCAAAAGUCAUUCCAGAAGAGAUGGACUCAGUGAUGAAAGCAGAAGAGAUGGACUCAGUGAUGAAAGCAGAAGAGAUGGACUCAGUGAUGAAAGCAGAAGAGAUGGACGCAGUGAUGAAAGCAGAAGAGAUGGACGCAGUGAUGAAAGCAGAAGAGAUGGCUGUGGAACCUUUGAGGACUCGGGGCUGCUUCUCCAGUUUGACUAUAAGGCUGUUGCUGAUCGACUCCUGGAAAUGACCAACAGGAAGAACACCCCGCCCUUCAACAGGAAGCGUCUCUCCAAACUCAUCAAAAAAUUCCAAGACCUCUCUGAAGGAGGCAGUAUAUCUCAACUCAGUUUCUCUGAGGACAUUUCUGCUGAUGAAGAUGACCCAAUCCUCAGUCAAGGAAAGCAUAAGAAGAAAGGAAAUAAACUUUUAGAGAAAACUAACUUGGAAAAGGAGAAAGGAAGCAGAGUCUUCUGUGCAGAGGAAGAGGACAGCGAAAGCAGUCUUCAAAAGAGAAGAAGGAAGAAGAAGAAAAAGCACCACCUCCAGCCUGAAAAUCCAGGCCCAGGGGAUGCAGCCCUGUCCCUAGAAGAGAACAGGGGCAGGGAGCCCGAGGCCACUGGGCAAGGAGCCCCGAAUCCACAUGUGGCCGAGCCGGCGGCAGAGGCCGCAUCCAGCACCGGGGAGGAGAGUGGCUCCGAGCGUCCUCCCGCUGUCCCCAUGCACAAUAAAAGGAAACGGCCACGGAAGAAGAGCCCGAGGGCCCACAGGGAAAUGUCAGAAUCAGCAGUGUUGCCACCAGAGGAUGUGUCUCAGGGUGGCCUGAGUGGCGGCCAUCCUCAGGGACCUAGAGUGUCCCCGACAGGUGGAGCCCAACUCCUAAAAAGGAAGCGGAAGCUUGGAGUUGUCCCCAUCAAUGGCAAUGGCCUGUCUGUGCUGGCCUGGCCUCCGCUGCAGCAGGAAGGCGCUCCCACCAGCCCAGCAGAGGGGGCGAACGGCCACACUGUCCCGCCCCUGUGCAGGAGGCUGCAGAAGAAGAAGGCGGAGCCCGGCAGCCUGGAGCUCUGUGGCCUGUCCAGCCAGAAAACCGCAAGCCUGAAAAAGAGGAAGAAAAUGAGAGAGAUGUCAAACUUGGUAGAGCACAACGGGGUGUCGGAGUCCGAGGCCGGGCAACCCCAGGCUCUGGGAAGCAGUGGGGCUUUCAGUUCCCUGAAGCAGCAGCAGCCGAGGGCAGAGAAUGACUUUGUGACGUUUGACACCCCCUUUUUGCCAAAGCCGCUAUUCUUCAGAAGAGCGAAGAGCAGCACUGCCACCCACUCCCCAGGCCCUGCCGUCCAGCUAAACAAGACGCCGUCCAGCUCCAAGAAGGUCACCUUUGGGCUGAACAGAAACAUGACUGCAGAAUUCAAGAAGACAGACAAGAGUAUCUUGGUCAGUCCCACGGGUGCUUCCCGGGUGGCCUUCGACCCUGAACAGAGGCCCCUCCACGGGGUACUGAAGACCCCCACCAGCUCGCCUGCCAGCUCACCCCUGGUGGCCAAGAAGCCCCUGACCACCACGCCAAGGAGAAGGCCCAGGGCCGUGGAUUUCUUCUGAGGAGCAGCAGAGUCCCUUGAAAAAGACUGCUUUUGUACAGACUACUCUAUAAAUUAUACCUUUAAGAAUGUGGGGCCUUUUAUCAUUUCCUGAGCUCCUGUAAGUUGUGUGCAAGGUUCUGAAUGUGCGGGCUGCUGCAUCCUGGCCCUCAGAGCAGCUGCGGGCGUCUUGGUUGAAUCUUGCUGCAAACCAUGUUUGUUUUUGAGCUCUCCAGGAUUUUACAUUUUUGGGUACCCUCGGUGAUUCCCACUGGCGUAGGAAAUGAGACCCUCUGUGAAGCUGAGGAGAGCACAUGGAUCUGAAGUUUAAAUAAUCAAUGCUGUUGGCACAAUGACAGGUGGAACCGCACUUCCUGGGGAACUCAAGAUAGGUGGGAUUCAGUACUCAUUACCGUACUGGCCAUGCUAAGCUGGUUUUCUGGUUUGUCUAGUCUGAACAGUCUGUUUUUUUUUAAAAGCAUGUAGGGCUUCAUUGCCAUGUUCUGUGGGUGUUGGGCAGGUUACCGAUCAGGAAGAUUCUUGUCACAGAAUCAGCAAUACCAUAGUUUUUCUACAUGUGUUCAGCUGGGGGCAUGGACAGGUAGGGGUGGGGGAAGAAGAGGCUCUGUGUUCUGGAGGCUUUUUCUUCUCUCCCUACCUGGUUUCUCUCCCUGUUUUCCUACCUCUACGGCAAGCCCAAAGUGUCUUCUCGGGAGGCCAGCACAGCCCCCCGCUCUUACCCAGGACCCCGACCCAGGCUGAGCCCUCUGCUGAGGUCUUUGCAUGGAGGACACUCAUUCCGCCAAGCCCUUGCGCUCCCGUCUCCCUACGUCCACGUUCCAGCCGAGUCACUGCCUGACCGUCAGAGGUUGCGGUGGACAUCUGGAGCCUGAGCUCCCACUCAGCUCCCUUUGCUCUGAGAUGCGGAAGCGUGCACUUCCAGAGCUUUCGACAGUCCUCGCGGAAUCUCGUUAAAAACACAGGGGAGCGGAAGGCACUCCCCUGUGGCUGGAGAAACAGACUGGAGGCCUUGUUUUGAGCAGUGAUCGCUCGAUGAUGGAUCUGAUUGAGGAAAUGUCUGGGCCUGGGCCUGAGAGCUGGAGAAGGGGCAGAUUCAGAGUGAAUGGUUCCUGGGGAGAGCCUCUGAGGCCACGCCUUUCCCAGCAGCUAGGGCAGCUACAAGCCAGAUGGGAAGCGGGCACGGGUGGGUGUAUGGUUUGGGCUGGCAUACAGCACUCCCAGCCAGCACGCUCUGCUCAGGCCUAGAAGUGAAAGCCGCCUCCCUCCCUUUAUGCCCCCCACCCCCAUAGGAGCCCUGGGUUUUGGUGAAAAACCUGGCCAGUCCCUUUCUCCACUGCUUCCUCCCAGCAGAGGGGCCCCGGGUUGCUCCAAGGUCCUGGCUGUGGCUUAGGACAACAUGGCUUCAGCCCCUGGGUCUGCACAGCUGCACUGAGUUUCCCUCUGUCUCUGAUUCUCGGAGCCGAGGGUGGGGUUUUGCCCGUGACUGUCAGCUGACUUGCUGGUGUCGAGAGCUGUUGGCUGGCUGGUGAAGGCCUAGGUGAAAAGGAAGCAUUCAGUCUGUUCUUCGCCUACUCCGUUACAGUUUUGUCACAAUGCGCCAUGAAAAAAAAUGAGUGAGCUUUGUGCUGUUAAAUAGUCACUCUAAAGAGAAGUCUUAUGUGCAACACACCUGUCGUGGCGGCUGCAUGGUUCUCAUGUGCUGCAAUGGAUAGAUACUUACAAUCACAUUCGGAACCAAAACUGAUACAGUGAAAUGAUUAUGGUGAGCAAAUAUUUUUAACUUUUCUUUUUUUUUUUAAGUUUCAUUCUUCUUAGAAUAUUUUUCUAACAAUUUUUGUUUCAGCUUUAAAGAUGGGUCGUAUAGCCAAACAGGCCAAAUAAUCCAACAUUAUUGGGAUGUCUUAAGACAUUCUAAGGCAAAACUGGCACAUUUGUUCUGCAGACCAUUGCAGGAAUGUUUCUUCCUAGCAUUUUUAUACUAUCUGUCUACUCUGAGGAAGCAGUGAACAUCCUAGAGACGCACUUCCUGUCCAAACCACGCCUGUGAGUGACAGGACGCUCGGGUUCUCUUGCUCCUUCUCUCUCUCCUCACUUACUCCUUUUUAUGAGUAAGUCACCUAGGUUUACAGUCACUUAUUUUUAAUGCCUACGUUUUGGCAGCAGGAAGAAAACAAUUUUUUAAAAAUUCUCAUUACAUAUGCACACAAGAAUAUGUCACACAAAGAAGAUGUGUUUAGACUACCAGUUUUCUAUUUAAGCAUGAUAUUUUCCUAAGUAAAAUUGCCAAGUGGACUUGGAAGUCCAGAAAAGGAAAUAAUUUAAAUUAAUGCUGGUGAUCUUAAUAAUAUUUUGUAAAAUGACGGUUCCCCUUCUCCAUAGUCCGGUCAGUUUUGUACAGUUACGGAUCUGACUUUAAAGGUUUGUUAUCCUCUCUGACUUUUACUCAACUGAAAGCACAAAGAAGACUACACAGAAAGUCUGGAAACAGUUGCAGGUGCUGGAAGAUGAAUUGAGCUGUCUUUUAACUUCUGUGUGUGUUUUCUCUGAAUUUGCUGGGCGAUGCUGGCAAGGACUUUGCACUCAAAUUAUACUCAUGUCUGCGGGGCUUGUCCGUACUCGUCAAAACCAAGUCCAAUUAAAAAAAAGUCUUUGCCCUC